AUGAAGGUCUUUCCAUCCUCUCUCUGUAUUGGACUCCUGGCUUUGUUGUCUGUGAUGAACCUUUUAAAAUCUGUGGGUGGAUGGCCACAUCUGAGCUCAGGACAUGAGUUGUUUCCAGCUAAAGAACAUACAAGUCAGGAGAAGUUGACCCAAAAUCCUGGUCUCCAGAGGCCCUCCCAUGCUGGUAUAGAUUUGCCCAGCAAACUGGAAAACCUUAGACAGCUAAAGAAGCUGAGAGAAUGGUUUAUGGGAGGAAAGAACACUGACCUGUCCAAUGCUUUAGAAAAUCUAUCUUCUUCCCACCCUAAUAAACGAGCUUGCUUUUGGAAAUACUGUGUCUGAGACAUUUCUGAAUAUACAGAAGAAAAUAAAGCUUGAAAAAUUACAUAUAUACUUACAUGUAAUUUACAUAUGCAUAAUAUGCGUGUAUAUAUAAUAUACAUAUUAAAGUUUACUUCUGUUUCUAACAUUAAGAAACUGCACCCUGUUCUGCACAUAAUUUUCCCCACUUUGUGAACUGCUUCUCCCUGGGUUAUGGCUUGCUUAAUGCUUAUUUGGUGAACAAUUGCACGAACUGCACUCUGGAAUGGAACUGUCCAUCAAAAUAGCUUUAGUGCUAAAACUGGGGGGAUUGAGCUGUACUAUGCCUCCUUGAAGUCCAUUGCUCUCUCACAAUGUUCUGUUGUUGGCUGUCAAUAAAAAUUAUUUUAAAAGGCAUCUUAGAAAGUUAAAAUAAAUCACAGUGUUUCAACUCGUGGGAACUAUGCAUUAUGCGUUUUUCUCAUUUCUAUGGUUGUACUUUUCUGUAUUAAUUAGGA